CAAGCUCUGCCGUUUUAGUAUCCUCGUCGUACGUCGACAUUCCCCUCCCUCCCCAUCUCUCUCACUCCGUCCGCCCCACCCCUCUUUUCGGUGAUAAGCACGCCGCCGCUUCUCCCCUCCGUAUCCCUUGCCUUGUGCUGCUGCUUUCGUGCCGGGGAAUUAGGGAGGAGCAGUGGUUGCUGCUUGCCGCCGGCUUGUACUGCGCGGCCGGAGUGUUGUUUUGUUCUCCAAAGGUGGGGGCGAGGAGCAGGAGGUUUCUUGAAGCGUUUGGAGAGAGGAGGAAAUGGCGACGGAGUGGUCGGACGGCGGCGAGGAGUUCUUGCUGCCGGAAGAGUUCCUCGACGAUGACUUCUUCUCCGAGGAGGAGAAAGCGGCGGUGGCCGCGAGGAGCGAGAGUGACGAGGACUGCUUGGACGGGCUGUCGCGCCGUCUCGCGGGACUCCUCGGCGAAGGCGGCGAACGAAAGCCUCCUGCCAAGGCGGAGUUGACAGUUGGGUCCCCGCAGUCGACGCUGUGCGGACUGCCGAAGUCGGGGCAGGAGAGCCCGGACAGCGGGGCGUCCAAGGGGAACUCGCCGCCGUCCUCGCCGCUGGAGCAGCAGCCGGCCGACCCGUGGGAGCUCCUUUACGAGGUCGCCGGCCAGGUGGCGCGCAUGCGUGCGAUGGCCAACAGCAUCCCGGUACUGAGGAACCCCCACGCCUUCGUGGCUCCGGCACGGAAGCCGUCGCCGCCGCCGGUGGCAGCGCCAGCCACCAAGGUCCCUGCCGGUGGGUACUACCACCCGUUCGCUCACUUGGUCGCGCAGCGCCAGAUGCAGGUCUCUCAGUUCCAUCUCAAGCAACAGCAUCUGCUCAAGUUGCAGAGGGAGCGUCAACUGGCCGCUGCCGCGGCGUGGAACUCGCGCCAGGGCUUCGGUGCCGAGCCCGGUGGCUGCGGCGCCGUCGCGCCUCUUGGUCUUAACCCGGCGGCAUGGCCCCCGCUUCAGAAGCCGCAACAGCGCCACGCGCCGUCGCCUUCGGCCGCUUGCAUGCGCGCAGUGUUCCUCACGCUGCCCGGCGCCAAGAGCGAGCGCACCGGCACCGGUGUCUUCCUCCCCCGCGCCGCAGGCGCCCCCGCCGAGCCGAAGAAUAAGCCAGGGUGUUCGACGGUUCUUGUCCCCGCCCGCGUGGUGCAUGCUCUGAAUCUCAACCUCGACGAUCUCGGCGCCCAGCCUCGGCACCCCGGCGGCUUCGUUCUUGAUCAAGAUGCCUUGAUUAGUCGGAGCAACGCCAUGAUGGCGAGCCAGAAGCGGACGUCUUCCGCUGCCGUGCCUGCGCCAGCACUCUGCUACAGUUCCUGAGUUCAGUCACCGGCGGGAACAGACGAACGGAGCCACCAAGAUUCCGGCGACACCCUUCGUCUUUUUGUCACUUCAAUUAAACCUAAUAGUUAAAAAAUUAGUACCAGUACUUUGUGUUAGGUAGUGUGUUAGCAACAGAGUUAGGAGGCAGCCGUAGUAGCAUCAGUGUUUGGUCUGUUCAUUUUGGAUUCGGUGAUAUAUUGGGGUUUUUUUGGUGUGGGCGGAAAGCCGUGGAGAUGGACGAGCAGCGAAGAAAUCUUCUCGGUUUGGUGGUGUGGAAGGUGAAAUAAUAAGUGCUUCGAGAGAGGUGUUAGCUGCAGCAAAGCAAGAAAGAUGAUGAGAAAUGACAUGGAAGGAUUGGAUGGGUCAUCUUGAAGAAAAGAAAAAUAAAAGAGCCCAUCCCCCCA